UCUCUGAGAGUCACGGACCAUCUGUGCAAGGACAUGAAGCACCUGUGGUUCUUCCUCCUCCUGGUGGCAGCUCCCAGAUGGGUCCUGUCCCAGCUGCAGCUGCAGGAGUCGGGCCCAGGACUGGUGAAGCCUUCAGAGACCCUGUCCCUCACCUGCGCUGUCUCUGGUGGCUCUAUCAGCAGUAGUUACCACUACUGGAGCUGGAUCCGCCAGGCCCCAGGGAAGGGACUGGAGUGGAUUGGGUACAUCUCUUAUAGUGUCUUCCUCAAUUACCAAGGACUGAAGAGACUUUCAGUGAAAUUUGGCUGUCAAUGCCCCCAACCCCACAUCACUUUUUAA